CGGAUUAUAAUAGGCUUCUAAAUUGACAGUGUUGACAGUUCUCAAAAACUGUUCAAGUUCAAACAAGUGGCGAGGACGCGCAGUUGUAAACAAAGAGUGUAUUAAAUUCGGGAACUGUAACAGGCUGAUACAAAACUCAAACAUGUCUAAAAGAGUUACAUCUGAUAAUACAAGCCCGAACAAGAAAUCUAAAGCAAUAGAUGUAAGUAGCACGUAUUUUCAUGUGUCUUUGCGAGAAAGCGGGCUAAUUUUGAAACACCCUCCGGAAAAAUGUACAGCUUCCUAUGACACCAUACAAAUCAUCCGUAAUAUAAAAAAAAAUCUUGAAAAGCAUUUUGAUUACCCAAGAAACUUGACUGACUUUUUUAUGAAUUUAGAGGAAGAGUGUAAAGAUUUAGAAGUAUUCAAACAUUACCUGUACCCUAAUAUUUUGAGGAUUACCGGAGACAGUGCGGAAGAGCACCUUGUGAGCGACAGCGUCAUUAAGAUACUACUUAGUGUCCCAGCCAUCCAGAACAAAGUAAGUGAUUACAUAUUUGAAAAAGCAAUUGAUUUGGCCGCUGAAUCCAAGUGUGGACCCUGGAUACGGAUGAUACUUAAAUGCUUCUCCUCUCUGGACAGUAUUGUAACACCAGAUAAGAUAUCCACUCAUCUAAUAAACCUCUUAGAUGUUGCUUCAGAGAAAAUGGUAAAACUGGAGAUAAUAACGGCAAUACCUGAUAUAAUUGGAGAUCAAGAGCAUGACAAUGUUGCUAAUGAAAUGAGCAGAAUUCUGAGUGAAGAUCGGGAUUUGAUACCUGCUAUAUUAGAUUGUCUUUCCUACUUAUGUUUAUCUGACGAGCAGUAUGUCAGGUUACAGCAAAAAUCACUGAAUCUCUUAUCAAGUCUCUCCAGAUGUAUUAAUUUCCCUAAUUAUGUUAAAUUCCUGUUAAUGCCUGGCAAAAUGAGUGACGCUUCUUAUUUGGAAACAGUGCAAGGCUUGAGAAAUGCUCUAGGAUGGACUAUGUCUAUGAAUCAUGAUGAGAGAACCACAAGCCAGGUACUCACUGCUACAGCUAUAAGGAAUUCUAUGGUUUCAUCUAAAGUCAUCAGUAAUUCAUGGUUAAAAGCAAUAUCUCUAUGUAAAGAGUCUACAUCCUACAAGCCUAUUGAUUUUAUUGUUUUACUCAUUGCAUAUUCAACAACAGAUGACAAACGAAAACAAGUAGAAAACUUAAUUAGAAAACAAGUCAAAUUGAAUAUUCUCAAAAUGGAGUUAUUGGACCAAGUCUUCAUUCAUUUCACACCAAUACUAAGGGAAUAUUUGAAACAUUUAAUUGAUCUUACUAAUUCACUGUUAAAAACAAAUGCUGACCCAUCUAGCGGUCUGGAUGUAUUUGCUGGUCGUAUAUACACUCACAUGUUAAAAUAUUUAAAUGAUUGUCGUGAGAUAGCUGUUGCAGCAUUACUACAGUUGGGGCUUGACUCCAAGCAGUGUGUUAUGAAGACUCUCGUUAUUUUAGAUAAUACUUUUCGCCAUGAAUUUGCUCUUUUGAGAUCACAAAGUGUUCAAAUGCUGACGCUGCUAGACAGAUUGGAUACUAUGUCUCUGGAUGAAGUAAGAGCUGUGAUGAAUGUGCUAUGUGCAUUAGCCUAUUCUGUUAGAGACUCAAUGAUAAGAGAUGACCUCCAUAUGAUAAUUAGAAAAGAAUUAGGAUCUUCUAAUCCACGAAUAAAAGUUCAGGGCAUUCUGGCGGGAGUCUAUGCAGUUAAGUACCUACUGUAUGAAAACACAAGUGUCGUCGUGCAAUAUGACCAGCACGGCAAUCGCACUACCCUGUCUACUGAUCUAGAAAGUAAUGCCCGUGAUACAGCACAAAUAGUAGAACUAUUAAGCCAAAGCACUAAACAAUACCCAGACAUGACUGCUUUCUUUUAUGAUGAAUUGUCGAAAGUAGUAUUGAAAGCAUCACUCUCAAAUAAGAAAGCUUUGUUAUGGCUUACUGAAGCGGUGACCAAUGAUUUACAACAAAACUUUAUUGUGGACUCAAUCGAAGUUGAUAAAAUUAAUGAUUUGAAGUUAAGUAUGCAAUACUGUCUUAACACAGAGGGUGAAAUUGAUGAGUUGAUUGCUAUUAACAUUGCUGGCUUAACUUUGAGCUCCAAGUCUGAAGUGUACAUUGGCAUCUUGUCUCCCCUCUUUCAACUUGUCCAAACAUUGCAUUAUAGGCAAUAUGACGGCAGUUUAUCAAGCAUAGAUGCUCUAUUAGGAUGCCCCAUUGUUAUGCCAAAGUUUGACAUAGACUUAAUUGAAGAUAUGGACUCAGUAAAAAUUAGUAACAUUUUAGAUUGCUUAGUUCAUUGUAUAAAUUGGUUUAUCGAAUUAAUCAAUGCUUUUGCAACUCAAAAUGAUAGAGAAUUGGACUUAAAGAUAUUAAAAAGAAUAGUACAGCUUGAGGAGUUGGAAACAACUGUUAAAGAAAUUCUUAUCAGAAGUAAGAUUUCUUAUAAACCACCUAUUUGUACUUUUAACGUUAAUAAAUAUACUGGUGAACAACAUGAGGUGAAAUCCAUAAAAGCACAAACUAGUAAACAGAAAGGAUCAACAAAGAAGCCCGGCCAAGAUGAUAGUGUGCUACCACAAACUGCCAGGUCUCAAGCCACACAAAACAAUGCCUCCGUCAAAAGUAGUCUAGAACUGAGUCACAAUAUACCAGGCAGACAGUUUAAUAUAAAUAUAAUACAUUUACUCAAAACUGAAAUGACUGAGGACAAAGCAUCAACAUCGGAACUUACAGUAAAAACUCUGAUAUUUUUGUUAAAAAGUCUAAACACUAACAUAGAGAAAGUGUUGUUAUCCAAAUUUAAAAGAACAACAUUUCUAUCGAACCAACACAGUGUGGUGUAUGAUGCUUACGAAGCUGAAAAAUGCGCCGCCACUGUUAAAGAAGUACUGCCACAAAUGGUAGAACAUUUGAAAUUCGUAACUUUAUCGAUGGAUAAAUGUAUUGGAACUCAAGACGAAAAUGAAGUUGCAUACACACUUGAUUUACUCAAUCUAAUCACUUGCUUGGAGUGCAUCUUCAAUUUCUUCACUAUAUAUUUUAAAUGGGUAGGUUUUAAACAAAUUGUUCAUGGUCCUUUACUGAAGAGUUCUCUGAGUACUCUAGCAAACACAAGUGAUGAUACAGUGACUACAAGAGACCUUCUAAUCACUGUUGCUCAGAAUCUGCAGAAAUAUGAAAAAUAUUGUUUACAAAUGUCUACUGCAAUAUCUCUCAUAGAGUUUUUGAAAAGUAUAGAAAUCCAUUCUGAUAGCCGAGUUAUACUCAACAUUUUAAAGACACUAGCUGAGAAUUUCUUAUCGCGGCAGUGGAAAACUCCUGAAGGAAUAUUAGAAAAGGGAUUACUUUACAACCAAAGCGUAGAUCUUUUGGCAUCUAUUUACUUCAAAAAUAAAGAAGUGUUAGCACUGAAAAAUUUGACUCUGCAGCUAUCAGAAGAUAUAAAGUUGCUCAAAAGUAAUAAAAAUACUUUAAACACUUUCAAGUGCAUAAACAAAAGCAAUUUCCCCAUAUUGUACAGAAACCUGGGCUCUGCACUUCAUGAUGCAACUAAAGCUGGUUUAGAGAAAGGUAUGACUAACUCUGAGCAUGUGCAAUUGUGGAAAGAAGUAGCUACUAUAUUGAAACACAUGUCUGAUAUUGCAAAAGUCCUCGAAAACAGAAAUAAUUUGACUGCGUUCUUUAAGAAAUCGUUACCAGUUCUAAAACUUUUCAUAUCACAAGGAAUUCCUAUUUUGGAAAUUCAAUUUAAAAGCGAAAACCAAGAAAUUUUGGAAAUUCUUAAAAUUCUUCAGCAGUCCACGAGAUUUUUGCAAACAUUAUGUUGCCAUUCAAGACUGAAGAAAGAUACUGUACUGAUGAGUAAGGUCCCACAUACGAGACAACUUCUCGAAACUUUGAUUUAUAAAGUAAAAGCUGUAUUAGCUGCGAAUAAGUGUUCAGAGGCUUUUUGGAUGGGAAACCUCAAGAACAAAGAUAUUCAUGGAGAAGUUAUUGCGUCUCAACAAAGUAUUGCAAGCGAUGACUCUGUAGAAGAUUGCGAUGAACAGUUGCCUGAAGAUGAAGAUAGUGACGACUCAGACGAUGAAAUGCUAAAUCCUGAUUCUAGAAGUGUAAGUGACAUUGUAUGACGGUCUCGUUAAUCGAGGAAGAUUUUUUAACCAGGCACUGUGCUCACCACAUGAAUGACUGAUAACGUAACUGAGCCAAAGUGGUGCCAUAGUAUUAUAAUUUUAUUAUUCUCCAUAUAAUCUUAAGAAACAAAUGUAUGACGUGUAUUUUGAAUUAAAUAAAUAAGUGUACUUUUCCUAAA